AGCGAUUAGUUUCGAAGAGGACUUUUCCACCGCACGCAUUGCAUUUGUUUUGCACGCGUUUCUUCUCUUCAAUUCUCUUCUUUUGUUUUUGUAUCCCGUGGAAGCUUACCGCUUCCCUCCGCGUUAAGAAAGGAAAGAUGGUCAAGGUGAAGGCUUCCAAGUCGAAGCGCAUGUCUUCGAAACAGCGCCACAAGAUCGACCGCAAGAAGCGCGAACACAAACGCGACUUGAGGAAGGCAGCGAAGGCUCUACAGAAGUCUGGCAUGGCUCCCAAACGGAGCAAAAAGUCGCGCGACCUGGCGAAGCUCGCGCUGCAAGUGUCGAAUCGACACCCUGACAAGGAGCAAAUUUUGAACCACGUGCUGCAGGCUCGUGAGGCGGCUCGCGUGGUGAAGGCCGAGCGCAAAGCGCGCAAAGGCACGGAGCACGACGCGGACGACGCUGAGGAGGGCCAGACCGAGGCGGUCGAUGCCCGCUCCAGCAACCGUCGCCAGCUGUUGUACAUCUCCGUGAAGGACUCGAAUCAGUUUAGGGUGCAGUUCAACCGCGCUCUAACGGAACUCGUCUUUCCGGCGCCACGCGCAGCUAACGCUGAGACGCCGUCGCUGGAGCUGCCAUCCGUCGCGUACGUCGUGACGCUCGAUGCGCGCUUCGCCGUGCAGUCGAUGCCGUGGUCUCUGGCAGACGCCAUUGUGGAUCAGGCUGCUGCCUACACCGGCGGCCGCAAGGUGCUGCUGCUCUUCACCCUCACUAAGGUGGACCUCAUCUCGGCACCUGCCAUGGUCUCGCAGGUGGCCCUCCUGGCGCACGCGCUGCAGCAACGCUACCCCAACGGCCUCGGCGAUAAUCUGACGGCCACCAUCACCCCAUUCUCCGUGCACAGCGAGCGGGCACAGCGACAGUUUCUGCGAGUGCUGAACCAGUUCCGCCAAAACCCAGGCUGCUCGUGCAAGAAGAUGUCCUCAAACCUGACGGGCAAGAUUUGCGCCUUUGUCGUAGGGCUGCCCAACACAGGCCGCCGCACGCUGUCCCGCACGCUCUCCAGGGAGGCCAACGAGAGUAGCGUGAGCACCGUCCCUCUGCGCGCUGCGCAGCUGCAGCUCAUCCGCUCCGGCCUCUCUGCGGAGGAGACUGUGCACACCAAAUUUGCUUUGCCGAACGCGAAAAUGGUAACGCUCGUACAACUGCCAGAGGACGCUGGCAUGAUCAAGGAGCUGCGCACGCCGAUUGGCAGCGAUGUCCUUUUCCGCUCCUUGGCGUAUGUGGAGCGUGCCCCAGAGCCGGAGGCGAUGGGGUGUGUGCUCUUCGACGGCGUGGCUGACAAGGCUGCUCUCGCACAGGCCUUCUGUGUGCGGGCCGUGGCGGAGGCGGACGCAGGGGAGAAAAAUCCGCUCAAGGCCGCGGAGAAAUUCUUGCGCGAGCUGGGCCGCGCGGUGCGUCGCGACGGCGGCUUUCACGUGUCCCCGCUCUUCGCCUCCGACGCUGGAACGCUGGGCAAGGUGACAAGCAGCAACCUCUCCGGCCACGUCGGCUUCACGUCGAACCAGCAGCGGAGCCAGUCCACCCUCUUGGACGCCACCUACAGCAACGCCACUCCCAGCAAGCUUGUGCACAUCUCUACGGUGAUGAAGAAGGUGAAGGGAAAGAACAACAAGUACCAAAAAGUCUCCCGCGCCGACGCCAAGAACGCCCUUCGCCUCGGCGCACGCACGUUUCUGCGCGAGAUGUCGGAGAGCUGCCACGUGCCGUGGGCGGUGAUGCGGGCGGGUGGCGACGUGACUCUCACCCCUGCCCAGGUGGCCACCGCGUCGGCACUCUUCAGUCUGGCAGCCGCGGAGGGCAGGCGGAGAGCGGACACGGGCGAGAUGAGCGGCAAGGCGCACCUGGAUGCGUUGAUUGAGGUGCUCGCAUCCGCCGUGCGCGACAUUGCGGUUCUCAUGCCAAACGACGUGGUGGAGAUGACCCCGGAGUUUCUCGUUGCGCCGCAGUACAGCUUGGAGGCGGAAGAGGCAGCGGAGGAUGAAGAAGAGGAAGUGGAAAAGGAGGAGAGCCACGACGCUGGCAGUGAUGCCGAGGCGGUUGAAAUGGAGGAGGAGGAAGAGGGCAGCGAAGAAGUCGACCUCGGCGAUGACGAGGACGACGAGUGA